ACGAAGAGCAGCCGACACACAACGGUAGGACGACAAUUAUGGCAGACUGUCAUCCAAACACACUUCCUGCAAUGAGAGAUAGAUAUGAUGGAGUGAUCAUCGAUAUUAACAAGCAAACAUAUGAAACUGAAGAGGACUUUGAGAAAAAAUUAGUCAAUUCUUUGUGUAGUUGGUCAAAGGAGGCUGUUAGGGGUGUGUGGGUGAAAAUACCCCUAGACAUGGCAACACUGGUGCCAAUAUGUGCAAAGCAUAAAUUUGUGUACAACCAUGCUAAACCUUCUUAUGUCAUGAUGACUAGGUGGCUACCUCAAGAUGAAGAAAACUGCAUUCCACCAUAUGCAAACCAGUAUUUAGGUUGUGCUGGGUUUGUUGUAAACUCUGAAAAGAAAUUACUGGUAAUACAGGAAAAGUACCAUGUUCAAAAAAUGUGGAAGUUACCUGGUGGAUUGGCUGAUACAGGUGAAGACAUUGGUGAAGCAGCAGAGAGGGAAGUGUUUGAAGAAACUGGGGUACGCUGUAAAUUUCAGUCAAUAAUUUGUUUCCGACAUAUGCACAAGUUCCGUCAUGGAUUGGACGACUUCUACUUUAUCUGCCUAAUGGAGCCUAUGUCAAAGGAAAUAACCAAGUGUGACAGGGAAAUUUCUGCCUGCUGUUGGAUGGAUUUAGAUGAAUAUAUCAACCAUCCAGAUGUAAGCCAUACCAACAAAAUGUUUGCCGAGUGCUACCUAAAUAUGAUAGCCAGGAAAGAAAAGCUAUCAAUACAACCAACUGUUGUUCCACAUUUCUCAGGAACCAAGAAUGACUUGCUUUAUAGUAUGCUACCGUUUCCUGACACUAGUAGUAGCAGUAGUAGUAGCCAAGAACAAAAACAGUGAAGAAAAGAGGCGAAUGGAGAGGUACAGACCAACUUAUAAGUGUAUGUUGAUGUACCACCAGCCAUUUCCAUGUAUUUAAAGACAUUUUAUGAAGGCAUGUAUUCAGAAAAGCUUAUUGAAGCAUAUUCCCAUUGAAAUAAUAUCUUAAUUUAGGCCAAGUCAUAUUAGCACAACUGCAUUGUAUUUCAAACAUAUUUCCUUGCUCCAAAAUUACUCGGAUGUCAUUUUUAUCACAAAUAACUUUGUGUUCCACUUUCCUGGUAUCAAGUCAGCUGUGUGAUUGGGAAGAUGUUGCACUGCAGUAGGAAAGUAUAUCCAAACUGAUGAGAAAAGCAGCUGUUUGUAUUCAGAUCAUUUAGAAAAAGAAAAUUUGGUGACUUCUUGGCUUCUCUCUCCUCAAGGUCUUAUUCAUUGGCACUUCCAACACCUUCCCUAAACAAAAGCAGUGUUGACAUUUUUCUUAGUCAUUCAUUUAUCAUUUAUUUUAUUUUCUUGUCACUGUAUUUCUGUGCAUGUCACCUUUUGUUUGAGGGGUCCUUGGAUUGCUUCUUGACCAAAUGAGACUGAUACCCUCUUCAGCGAGGUUAUACAUUUUGCUGUGGCAUCUUGUUUAGCAUGUAACCAACCCCUGCUCUGAAGUAACAUGCUCAUCCUCAAGUCUCUCCAAGAAAUAAAAUGCAAAUGAAAAUUUAAUCUUUAUAUUAUGCUCAAAAAUGGGAAAUUACAUCUGUAAGAGUUAUUCCAUGGUUUAUGGUAACUGUCAGUCAAUUUACUAAAUAAACCAUCAAAACAAAGUUUAUAGAUAAUGUGCGGCCUACUCAUGCUUCAACAACACACAGAAAACUGAACUUUCUAGUCAGUGAUGAUGAGACAACAUAAUUGUUGAGUGGGGACUUUUCUGUUAUUUUUAAAAACACUGACUUAUUUUUAAUCAGGACUGGUGGUCUGCAUCUCUUGCUCUGUGGUAUUUGACUGAUGGUAACUUGGCUUCCAUUGGGAGGACUGCUUGACUGGAGUUCAGCAUUCGGUGGAGGUUCGCCAUAAUGGUCUUUUUUCUUUUAGAACUACCAGUAGAUGGGGCAUUUGUAGGUGUUGACUCUGCCAUAUGCUGUUACUCCAUGUUUACUCCGUGAAGGCUAAAAGGGAAUACAUGUCUCUCAGAAGAGAGUUUUUAAUAUAACAACCACGUCUAAAAAACUGUAUUUAUCUGUCACCUCAUUCAUUUAUUCUGAAUAUUGUGUCACAAGCAUUCACUUGAAGAUUUUAGCAUCUUUUACAUAAAAAUCAUUUUCUAAUCAGUGUAUAUAAUGUACUGGCAAGGAUAUGGACUUGUAUACAUUCAUACCCAUAUUAAUUGUCUUGUUUUAAGCAGUGCCUUCCCUGUUAAAAAGUAGUUACAUGGGUUGGGAUUACAAUCAGGCAGCCAAGUAAUUAUCAUUAUAAAACAUACUCUUAAGUAACAUUUUAAGGUGACAUUAUACAUUAUGCAAUUUUAUGCAUAUUUAUGUGAAUUAUGAGUUUAGAUUUUUUUUGACAAUUUCUAUAUUUUAAAGAUAUAUUAUACAAUUAGUGACUUUGACUGAGGCCAUUAUGUUGUUUUGCUGACCUCAGAA